AUGCCAUCAGAAAUCCAAGACCAGCUCCACAAGGUCUUACCAGUCUACAUGGUACCCUCGGUGUAUUUCAAAGUGGCAGAGUUAUCAAUGACACCAUCAGGAAAGAUCAACAGAAAGGGUCUCCGCGAGAUUGGCGCUUCGUUCACAGUUCAAGAGCUAGCCAAGAUCAGGACUGCUGAGAAGGCUCAAAAACGCAAACCUGCUACCAGGGAUGAGAUUGCUAUGCAAGAGAUUUGGAGUGAUCUUCUAGAAAUUGAUCUCGAAACAAUCGGACUCGGCGAUGAUUUCUUUCAGCUUGGCGGUGACUCGAUUGCGGCGAUGAAAUUGAUAGCCAUGGCCAGACAGGAAGAUAUUGAGAUCACCGUGGCGGAUGUCUUCCGCCGUCCUACGCUUGGAGAACUAGUUGGCGGCUUGGAGGGCAAGUCUACCGCCAUUGAAGAUGAAAUACUGCCGUUUGAUCUCCUCAACGUGGACACCAACAAAGAAGACGUUGUUAAAGAGAUUGCAAGCAUGUACGGCUUGGAGGCGAGUAAUAUUUUAGAUGUGUACCCAUCCACUCCCCUCCAAGAAGGUCUUUUGUCACUCUCUUCAAAGCAGCCGGGAGACUACAUUUGGCAGAUGACAUUGGCGCUGUCGCAGAACAUCUCCGUCAAGACCUUCCGUAGCGCUUGGGAAAAGGUCUUCAAUGAAUCGGAGAUGCUUCGUACCCGAAUUGUGCAAUACGGCACCUUAGGUUCAUUGCAGGUUGUCCUGGAUGAAAACAUCAAAUGGAUCGAGGCGUCUGGACUUGAAGAAUAUCGAAAGCUUGAUAGGAGCCAGGUCAUGGAACCGGGCCAGCGAUUAAUACGUUUUGCUCUGAUCAAAAACGGCAGCGGCGCCAUCAAAUGGUUCACCUGGACGAUUCAUCACGUUUUGUACGAUGGAUGGUCAAUGGAUCUGAUUCUGAAGGCUGUUGCUCGAGCUUGUCAAGGAACCCCUUUUGAUACUUUGGUCAAAUUCAAUGGUUUCAUCAAAUACAUUGGUGAUAUUGAUGCUGAUGAUGCAAGACAGUAUUGGGAGGAUGCGUUAGAGGACUACGAUGAAACUCCUUUUCCUUUACUUACUCCGGGGGUUCUACAGCCAUUUGCAGAUAUGUCUGAAGAGAUCUCAAUUGACUUGUCACAUGGCCAUGGAUCGGGAGCUACAAUUGCUACACUCGUUCGCACUGCCUGGGCGUUAACUGCUGGCAAAUGGGCUCAGACGGAGGAUGUCGUUUUUGGUGCAGCGGUGUCUGGAAGGAAUGCGCCGGUCACUGGUAUCGAGAAGAUGAUGGCACCGACUAUCGCCACUGUUCCAGUCCGCAUCAAGUACUCCAAUGACUGGAAGGUGUCUGAGUUGAUUGACAUGGUCCAUCAGCAGAUCACUGACAUGAUUCCGUUUGAGCAGACUGGACUUCGUCGCAUCGGCAAGUAUUUCCAACACAAGGAGCAGUCCACUGAGUCGGAUUAUUUUGGAAAGUGGCAGGAAAAUGCUUACAGCUGGAGUGGUACAUAUGGCUUGGAAAUUCUUGCCAAUCUCGACACGGAUUCUACCAAGGUGGAAGCCAGCUUUGAUUCCAACCUCAUUCAGCCACAGGUUGUAAAAGAACUGCUGAGCCACUUUAGCGCUAUCCUGCAACAGCUUGCACUGGAGAUCAAUCACAAACAAUUUCAGAGAUUAAUGGACUUGCGGAACGUGACGUUGAAUCAGCUACCAAAGCUAUGCAACGACCCACCGAGUCACCUACAGUCAAGACUCCAGCAGCCACCACAGUCUCCUCGACUCCUGGCGCCCGGCUCCGUUGGGGAGUUUUUACUAGAUGGAUCAUCACUUAAUACUCUCAAUAGAACCGGUAGGUCAUAUACAACGGGAGGGCGUGGAAAUCUUUACAGCACUGGCUAUCUGGUUCGCCAUAACGAAGACGGUAGCAUGCUGUUCCUUGCGCAAAAGCCUGUACAAGCUGCACCAGUCGCUCAAGUUGCUCAAGUUGCCCAAUCUGCAGCUGCCCAAGUUUCACAGACUUCUACAGCGGCUCGUGUUCCGCGAGUGGCAAGUCUUAAGAUACACGUACAGCCAAUAGAUCUUUCUGAGGUCGAGCAUCACGUUCAGCAAUCUGUUUCAGGAGCCAAGCAGGUCGUGGCCGAGGUAUUGGCCCCCGUAGACAAGGGUUCGAGGACUGCACUGGCAGUGUUCAUUCUUUUAGACACUCCUGCUAUCCAAAAAACUAGCGGCACAGUCGAGAAACCUGUUGCAGUUGUCACAGCCAUUGGUAGUGACGACGAAGACAGGUUGAUUAAGGCUCUCCCACGACAUAUGAUACCUACCAUCUUCUUUUCUGACACUGAAAAUACGAAGAAGCAGCCUGUCACUGAAAUGGAGAAUCAAAUCAGGCGCUAUUGGGCUCAGGUACUCAACGUCGACUCGGACACUAUCGGACCUAAUGAAAAUUUCUUUCAUCUCGGUGGGGAUUCUAUUGAGGCAAUGACUAUGGUAGGCAUUGCUAGAAAAGAUGGUAUCCAGUUAAGUGUGGCCGAGCUAUUCCGCCAUCCUAAGCUCAAGGACGUUGCCAGCAGGGCAACCUACAUCAAAUCGGACAACACUGAAAAUGUUCAGCCAUUCAGUCUUCUAGGCAACGGCGUCAGCAAGGAAUCUGUGGUUGCUACAUUCGCGAAUUCAUGUGGUGUCGAUGAGGUUUUGAUCCAAGAUGCGUUCCCAUGUACACCACUUCAAGCAGGACUAAUGUCAUUGUCUUCUAAGAGCGGAGACUACAUUACUCAAUGGGUACUUGAAAUUUCCGAGGAUGUAGAUUUGUCUCGCUUCCGCAAGUGCUGGGAGGAGGUGGUGAAAAGAGUUGCUAUUCUCCGUACGAGAAUAAUCGCAGAUGACAACGAGAACCUUGUGCAGGUGGUCAUCAAGGAAGAGCUAAAGUGGGAAACAACAGCGGCUAUCGCAUUGACUGAUUACGUGGAGCUUGAUCGCAAGCAGCCAAUGAUCAUGGGCAAUCCUCUUACAAGAUUUGCCAUUGUUGCCAACAAGUGGUUUGUAUGGACAAUUCAUCACGCGCUCUACGAUAGCUGGUCAAUGCCACGAAUGAUGGACCUAGCCAACAGGAUCUACACUGGUCGCAAACUGGAGCCUUAUUUAUCUUUCAGCAAAUUUAUACAAUACGUUUCUUCUCAAGACACAAAAUUGGAAACGGAUUACUGGACAGAAUCGCUAAACAAUUGUGAUCACGUUGCUGAGUAUAUCUUGUUGGAGAAGAGCAUUCCCUCAGAUAUCACCACCUCUACACUUGCACACGCUGCAUGGGCAAUAGUUGUUGGCCGCAUUACCGACGGAGAAGAAGUAGUCUUUGGCAGUACUGUAUCCGGUCGAGGUGCCGCCAUCGCAGGUAUCGAAGAAAUUGUCGGACCUACUAUUGCCACUGUGCCGAUGCGUAUCAAGUGGUCAAAAGAGCCUACUAUUACAAGUUUCCUCGAGAACAUAAGCCCAGACUGUGCCAAAGCCUGUAACUUCCAGACGUUGCUCAUCAUCCAGCCUCAGGACGGCGAGGAGGAGCAAGAGAGCCCUUUCGGAAAAUGGCAGAAUGACGAAGGCAAAAACAGCAACACCUACCCUCUCACUCUGUUCAUCACUUUGGGCUCGUCGGAAAUUUUUGUCAAGGCUAGCUUCGACUCCAGAGUUAUUGAGCCUUUAGCGAUGCAGAGACUGCUUGAGCAAUUCAAAGAUACUGUGCUUAAUCUACAUGCGAAUAGUGCAAACUCAAGCAAGACACUUUGGGGACUUCCAAUACUUCCCUCGAGCGAUUUGCAGACACUCUGGACAUGGAACAGUGCGGUACCUGAUUAUAUCGACAAAUUGUUACAUUCGAUGCUCGAGGACCAAGCCGAACUGAGACCUACUGCGCCAGCCAUACAUGCCUGGGAUGGCGACCUUACAUACAGCGAGCUUGAUAUGUUUUCUACGAGCCUUGCUUCGUACCUUGUAGAGCUUGGCUUGAAAUCUGGUGUGGUUGUUCCACUAUGCUUCGAAAAGUCCAAGUGGACGAUUGUAUCGCUGUUUGCCGUACUCAAAGCGGGAGGGGCUUUCGUUUUACUGGAUGCAUCACUGCCAGAGCAGAGGCUACAAUCUAUAGUUAACCAACUGGACAGUGGGAUUUUGCUCUCAUCUGGGGAGGCUUCUCAGCGUUUCGGUACAUUUUCGUCAGAGAAAACAGUUGUAGUCGACGAAACAUUGCUCGAAAAGAUUUCCAAUAGCUCACAGGCGUAUGAAGGGGUGGCCGUAAGCUCGAAGUCGCUUGCGUACGUGGUUUUCACGUCUGGCAGUACGGGAGCUCCAAAGGGUGUUCAAGUCAGCCAUAGGAACCUCGCCACAGCUAUCAAUCACCGGCGAAGCCAUUUUAGCUACUCAGACAAGUCCAGAUUCCUCGACUUUGCUUCUUACAGUUUCGACAUGUCUCUCUUUACCAUCUUUCACAAUUUUUCUGCUGGUGCCUGUCUUUGCAUCCCAAGAGACGAAGACAAAAAAAACAAUCUUGCAAAGACGAUCGCAGAACUAAAUGCCGAUACACUUGUUCUGACGCCGUCUGUGUCACGAUCUCUUAAGCCUGCUGAUGUGCCAGGGGUAAAAUCCAUACUGUGGUGCAGCGAAGCCCUCCACAGCAAAGACGCAGAGCCUUGGUUCGGAAAAAUCCACGCGAUUAACACAUAUGGACCUUUUGAGUGUACGCCGGUUACUACGAUCAAUUAUGGGGCCAAGAGUGUUGAAGAGAUGGGAUACAUUGGAAGAGGAGUUGGAGUAGCUACGUGGGUGGUUGACCCGGAGAACUACAACCAGCUGAUCCCAAUUGGACAUGUUGGAGAGCUGCUACUUGAAGGACCAUUGGUCGGCCUUGGCUACCUCAAUGCCCCAGAAAAGACUGCGGAAGCUUUUGUUGAGAACCCUGAAUGGCUAGUCAAGGGCUUUGGGAAGAAGCCCGGACACCAAGGGCGUCUCUACCGGACGGGUGAUCUGGUCCGGUACAAUAAUGAACACAAUCUCGUGUUUGUCGGCAGAAAGAACACCAAGGUUAAGAUGCGUGGUCAAUGGGUUGAGCUGGGUGACGUUGCCUAUCAAGUUGGUCAGCAUAUUCCGAAUGUAAAUCAGGUCGUCGCUGAAGUUAUUGCACCUGGGGGGGAUGAAACGCGGCCUUUACUUGCUGCUUUCCUGCAAAUCGAAUCCAAAACACCAAUUGCAGAAUCUUUGCUGGAAUUCUAUCAAGUGGAUUUUCAGCUGGAAGCUUCUUUGACCGAAUCCUUGCCAAAGCAGAUGAUUCCUGAUGUAUAUUUUUCUGUCGCCCAGAUUCCCAUGACUGCUACUGGCAAGACCAAUCGCGGACGCCUGCGUGAACUUGGCGCAACUCUUACAAUUCAGCAACUCGCUGCGCUGCGUACUGCCAAGCAAAGACCAAAACGCCAGCCCCAGACAGCCGCAGAGAAGCAGAUGCAGGCGAUUUGGAGCCGCAUUAUUCAAGUUGAACCAGAUGCAAUAGGACUCGACGACAACUUUUUCCAACUGGGAGGAGACUCUAUCUCAGCAAUGAUGCUUGUUGGAGCUGUGCGAAAGCAUGGCCUGAGUCUCCACAUUGCAAGCAUUUUCCGCAAACCGAAACUCGAAGAGCUUGCUCGCCUGGCAAGCCCCGACACUAACAAUAUCGAUGCUACUACAGGCUCACAAGAUCAGCUGUUGGAGGAAGCUCAAAAAUCCGCACUUUUGGCAGAUCUCGACUCCAAGGGUGACAAGUAUGAAUUACGCUCUGCUGAUGUUGCCGAAGUCUUGCCACUGACCGACUUUCAAUUUAACUUGGUCAACGCAUCUAUGAGCAAUGGGCCACUAUUUUGCAACUACUGCUUCCUCGACUUGGAAAGUAGCCCCGAUGUUGCUCAUCUUGAAGAGGCGUGCGCAUGGGCGCUGGAGAGACUACCUAUUUUACGAUCACGAUUCUUGCCACUCUUGGGAUCUUUCUGGCAGGUUAUUCCACGCCAAGUCCAGAAACUGCCGCUCCAAAUUCUCAAUGUUGGCACAGAAGAGGAUUUAGCUGGAUUCUCUCGUGGAUUCUGUUUCAGAGACCAGGAGACCCUGAAGGCUACCAAUGCACCCUUUGCAGUCUUUUUGUUCCGCAGUAAUGCAAAGAGUGCUCGUCUUGUGCUUCGUAUCUCUCACACACAGUAUGAUGGUAUCUCGUUGCCCCAGAUUUUUAAUUCUAUCCUACAAGGGAGCCAGAAUGCUUCUUCCCUGUCACCUUCGCUUUUUGCAGACUAUCUCACAAGCUCCCAUCGACAUCUCACAAAAUCAAGGGAGUACUGGAGAAAUUUGCUCCACAACUCCUCAGUAACCAUAGCCGGGAAGUAUCUCCCACAAUUGUCUGCGAUAUCACCCCGCCGUGAGGCAAUCCGACUCGAAAGAGGCAUUACUAUUCCACGACUUCCUCUAGGUAUCACCACUGCCGCUUUGCUGUCCAGUGCCUGGGCAAUUCUUCUUUCCCGCUUGACUGGUAAAGACGAUAUUAUUUACAGCCAGCUAGUAACUGGUCGAAAUGCGGCCAUCGAAGGUGUCGAAGACAUUGUCGGUCCUUGUGUCAAUAUUAUACCAAUGAGAGCUUCUCUCGCCUCUCUUCAGACACCUUCAAAUCUUCUUGAAUCCAUCCAAAACCAAUUCAUCGCCGUUGGGGAAGCAGAUAGUCUCGGUCUACGGGAUAACAUCAAUGAAACCCCUGAGUUUCAGUCGGGUCAAGCUUCAGCGCAGUUGCAGAGCUUCGAUAAUCCUCACCACAUUCAGUCUAAGAUUUGGUUGACGUCGAGACCCCGUGGAGAUGUAAUCAAUAUUGAGUUUCAGGCGAAUACGCACAUGAUGACCGCCGAAACGGCUGAGAUAAUCUUGGCGAGCUAUUGCGAAAUAGCUACUGGACUGUUUUUGAAGUCGGAUAUGCCAUUAAAACAAUCGGCAGAGGCAUACACGUUAAAGAUUUAG